GCGCAUACUGGAUGGGGUGUAACCUGGGAGCCCAAUAUCGCUAUGGAUCAAGGGUCGCUUAAAAAUAUAGCAAAUCUUUUUGAUAAUCAUUGUUAUUAUUUUUGUCGAUUCAAUGGAAUAUCGUAAUUGAACUCUCAGUAGUGCGUUCAGUCAUCGUUCAAAAGAGGUGACACGCGUGUUGAUGUAUUCCUACGUUAUUUUUGCGGUAACUCAAGGACAAGAUUUUAAUCACAUUCGUAAUGAUGACAUCAGUUACUACGGUAACCUCAACAUCCGUCCGUAGGGCAGUCGGCGCGGCAUUCAGGGCCGUAAUUCUUGGGGCACCAGCUUCCGGAAAAGGGACGGUUUCGUCAAGAAUUGUCAAGAAUUUUAAUGUCAAGCACAUAUCAAGCGGAGACAUUUUACGACGUCAUAUUAUGCAGAAAACCGAACUUGGAUCAGAGGUGAAAAGAUAUUUGGACAGAGGAGAACUAGUACCAGAUGAAACCAUGGUGGCCUUAAUUGGUAAAGAGGUGGAGAGUUUGGGUGAAACAACAAAUUGGCUGCUAGAUGGUUUCCCUCGUACUGUGGCGCAGGCUGAUCGACUUCAGCAAUUAUAUCCGGUUAAUCUGGUCAUCAAUCUAGUGGUACCUCAUCCGGUUAUAUUAAAAAGGGUCGAGGGUCGUUGGGUUCAUUUGCCAAGUGGAAGAGUUUAUAACAUCGGUUUUAAUGCACCAAAAGUACCGGGUAAAGACGACCUAACGGGAGAAUCUUUGGUUCAGAGGCCUGACGAUACACCGGAAGUUGUAGGUCGGAGAUUGAAGGAUUAUGCAAAAAAUACGGAGCCUGUUAUAGAGUAUUACAAAAAAAGUGGAAUACUUCAAGAAUUCCAUGGAAGCACAACAGACGAAAUGUGGCCCAGUAUCAAAGACUAUGUUGCACAGUUUGUAUCCUAGCGAUUUAGUAAUUAUUUUACUAUGCACAAAGUUUUUUUUUUCUCUAACCAAGCUUGAAGUUAUUUCGAUUUAAUUCACUUUGAAACUGAAAAAUAGUUUUCAAGGUUCCAGUGAUUUUUCUGAAUGGUCGAACAGAAUUGUUAUUAUUUUUUUCUCUAUGAUACCGAAAUUUAGGAUAGCUAGAAAACCAUGGAAACGAUACUUUGAUGUGUAAAAAGAAACAUUUACACAUCAAAAUUAAAUAUUUAUGAAAGAUAAA